AUGAGUGCCAUGGCAUUCCAAAGUAAUGAGUCAAAUGCUUCCCUGGACAUAGUUGCUCAGAUUGAGCGAUCAAAACUCGAGAACAGCUUGGAGCCGCUUUUCGAGGGGUCGCGCGAUCUCGAGCAACUAAGAAAUCUACUUGGUACGGCUCGACCACGGAUCGGUGAACCAGUUUAUAAAUUUACAGAUACAGUCAAGGUCAAGGGAGGUCUUGGAACUGUUAUUUGUUAA